AUGAUAUACAGAAACCAAGACGGAGAUAGAAGAGGAUAUAGAGGAGGAUCAAGGAUGGACGGAGGAUCGAGAUAUGGCAGUAGACCAAGAAGAGAACCGUACAGAUGUGAGCCACUUCCUGAACUACCGCCUGUUGAGUUUCAAAAGGAUCUGUAUGAAGGAGCAAAGAAUAAAAUGAGCGAUAGUGAGAUAGCGGCAUUCAGAAAGAAGAACGAGAUGAUGGUCAAGGGACGAGACAUCCCAGAACCGAUUGAAGGAUUUGCUGAUGCAGGAUUCAGCGAACGAGUAGUGAGUGAAUUUAAGAAGAAGGGAUUUAGCGAGCCAACGCCAAUACAAGCGCAAGGAUGGCCAAUGGCACUUAGCGGACGAGACAUGGUUGGAAUAGCACAGACAGGGUCUGGAAAGACGUUGAGUUUUAUACUUCCAGCACUUGUGCAUGCAAAAGCACAGGUGCCUUUGCGAAGAGGAGACGGACCGAUAGUGCUAGUGCUUGCACCAACAAGAGAGUUAGUGAUGCAAAUUAAGAAGGUGGCUGAUGAGUACUGUGGAAUGUUUAAUUUGAGAAGUGCAGCGGUGUACGGAGGCGCUUCUGCACAACCACAAAUAAGAUCAUUGCAUGAAGGUGUGGAGGUGCUUGUAGCUACACCUGGACGAUUGAUUGAUCUGCACGACCAGGGACAUGCGCCAUUGAGUCGAGUAACAUUUUUGGUACUGGAUGAAGCGGAUAGAAUGUUGGACAUGGGAUUUGAGCCACAGCUAAGAAGAAUUAUACCGAAGACGCAUAGUGACAAACAGACACUGAUGUGGAGUGCAACAUGGCCACGAGAGGUAAGGGAGCUUGCAGAGAGUUACAUGAAGGAGUAUAUACAGGUGACUAUUGGAAAUGAGGAGUUGAAGACCAAUAGCAAGAUCAAGCAGAUAGUUGAGGUAUGUGGAGAGAGAGAGAAGGAGGAGAAGUUACUAGAAGUGCUUGGAAACCAUAAAGGAGAGAAGAUAAUUGUGUUUUGUAACAUGAAGAGGACAUGUGAUGAUUUGGAAUAUGUGCUGUGUAGGGCAGGGCAUGGUGCAUCUGCAAUACAUGGAGAUAAGUCACAGAACAUCAGAGACAAGGUGCUUGAUGAUUUCAGAAUAGGACGACGAAGUGUGCUGAUUGCCACUGAGGUUGCAGGAAGAGGGCUGGAUGUGAAUGAUGUGAAGCUUGUGGUGAAUUUUGACUUUCCUGGCUCAUGUGAAGAUUAUGUGCACAGGAUAGGAAGGACAGCACGAGGAAGCUGUAAGGAGGGAGUUUCACACACGUUUUUUACGACUGCUGAUAGGGGAAAUGCUCGUGAGCUGAUAAGAAUGCUUAGGGAAGCAAAGCAAGAGAUCCCAUCUGAGCUUGAGGGAAUGGUUAGGGCGCCUUCUAGUGAUAGGUAUGGAUCUAGGAAUAAUAGCAGGUAUGGAUACGACUACAACCGAGAAAGGACUAGUAGAUACUCUGCUAGGAGAUGA